UACGCUUGAUCAGUCUGUGGCGAAACGUUAUUAAGAUCACAUCGUUUUGGGAAGCUAAUUUUUGUGUUUUUAAAUAAGUUACGGAGUUUGGAGUGUCAGUGAGUCUUAAAAAUGCAAUUUUCGAUUGUAUUUUUGGCAUUGGCUCUGGCUGUGGCCAGCUCAUGGGCCGGCAAUGUUCCCGCCCCACCCACUGGAGCUCAAAAGCAAUUGGUGUGCUACUACGACUCGGCUAGUUUUGUAAAGGAAGGUCUUGCCAAAAUGGUCAUUGACGAUUUGGAACCCUCAUUCCAAUUUUGCACCUACAUUAUCUAUGGCUAUGCUGGCAUUGAUCGUGACUCCUUCAAAGCCAUGAGCUUGAAUCAAAAUUUGGAUUUGGAUUUGGGCAAGGGACUCUAUCGCACAGUGACCCGUCUAAAGCGCAAAUAUCCCAAUGUUAAGAUUAUGUUGAGCGUGGGUGGUGAUCGUGACAUUGAGACUGGAGAAGAUGCCAAAGAUUUGCCCAACAAAUAUUUGCAAUUGCUGGAAAAUCCCAUUGGACGUCAACGUUUCAUUAACACCAUCUAUGCUUUGGUUAAGACCUAUGGCUUUGAUGGUGUCGAUAUGGCCUAUCAAUUCCCCAAGAACAAACCCAAGAAGGUGCACAGUGGUUUGGGCAGCUUCUGGAAGGGCAUUAAGAAAUCUUUCACUGGCGACUUUGAUGUGGAUGAGAAUUCGGAAAGACAUAAGGAGCAAUUUACCGCAUUGAUGCGUGAAAUCAAAAAUGAAUUGAGGCCCGAUAACUAUUUGUUGUCCGCUACAGUGUUGCCCAAUGUGAAUUCUACAAAAUUCUUUGACAUUUCGUCCUUGAACAGCUAUGUAGACUUUGUCAAUUUGGCUGCCUUCGAUUUCUACACCCCAGAACGCAAUCCCGAGUUGGCUGAUAUUGCUGCACCUCUCUAUCCCAUGGCUGAUCGUAAUUCCGAAUUCAGUGUCGAUUCGGUGGUGCAAACCUGGUUGCGCUAUGGCUUCCCUAGCAACAAAAUCAAUGUGGGCAUCAGCACCUAUGGUCGGCCUUGGAAAAUGACAGACGAUUCUGGAGACUCUGGUGUACCACCUGUGGCCAAGGUCGAGAAUAAUGCCCCCAAGGGUGAACACACUCAAAUUCAAGGCUUGUAUAGCUGGCAAGAGACCUGCUCGAUGUUGCCCAAUCAAGACAACAUGUAUGCCAAGGGUGCUGCUGCACCCUUGAAAAAGAUAAUGGAUCCCCAGAGAAGGAGUGGAGUCUAUGCUUAUCGAGCAGCCGACAAGAAGGGCGAACAUGGUGUUUGGGUGUCCUAUGAAGAUCCUGAUACCGCCGCCGAAAAGGCUAUGUAUUCUAAGAGCCAUAACUUGGGUGGUGUUGCUUUGUUCGAUUUGGAAUAUGAUGAUUUCCGUGGUCUAUGUGUGGGUGAGAAAUAUCCCAUUUUGCGUGCCAUCAAAUAUCGUCUACUUAACUAGCAGAGUACAAGGGAUGUAUGACACGUUGAACGAAACUCUUUGUUUAGUUUUUAAGGAUGUUAAAAUGAAAGCACAUUAGUACUCUGACGACAAACAAAUGUGGUAGAAUGAAUAAAAACAAAACUUAAAGAAACAUCUUUUUCGCAAUAAAAUUCUUGUGAAAAUUAUAAAUAAA